AUGAAGACCCGUUUAAUAUUCCUUUGGCUAUUGGCCUCAGCAUUUCCUGUGUCUGUCAAAGGCAAACGUCACGACAAACAUGAAGCUUUGUCCAAGUCCUCACACAUAGCUAAACAGAAGGACAUUGUUCCAAAUGAGGUCAAUGAGGGGGAGGUCCUGCCAACCUUCAUGACCUUUGAGUCUAGCAGUCAGGAGCAGGAGGACAUAAGCUACGAUGACAAUGGUAAUGUUAAUGUGGGUCCCUCCAAUGAGGGAGGGGUGUUUGAGGUGUCCGACAGUGGUGAGAGGAGCACCCCCGUCCUGCUGAGAGAUAAGGCACUGGUGGACCUCCUCCUGGGGGAGUCAGAGGAAGAAGAGGUGGAAGAGGUGGAGGAGGUGGAGGAGGAGGAGGAGGAAGAAGAAGAGGUGGGAGACUUGGAAAAGGAGGAGGAAGAUGAGGAGGUGGUAGAGGUGGAGGAGGAGGUGGAUGUGGAGGCAGAGAAAGAGGUGGAAAAUGUGAAGGUGAUGGCGGAUGAGGAGGAGUCAGUUGAGAAUGAGGAGAAGAGAGAGAAAGAGGACGAGGAGGAACAUGUGGUCGGGGACAGAGGAGUAGAGGAAGAGGUUCAAGUUGAAGAGACGGACAGCAACACCGAGCCUGAGAUUCCAGAGGAUCUGUACUACGCCAGCGACAGCGACAACACAGAGCCUCUUGAAACCGAGCUUGAGGAAGGGAAACCCCUCGCCGAAGACGCCAAGUUCCUUUCAAAUAAGAAAGUGGAGGCCGAGGUGGAGGAGAAAGAAGAACAAGCUAGCAAGAAUGACGAAAUCCCCACUGCCACUGAUGACUAUGAGUCCCAGCCAGACAUACAAGACGCCGAGUUCACUGAGAGCCAGGAAGUGCUCGGUCAGUACAAGUACGAUGCCCAAGAAAAGGGGACCAAUAAAAAAGACGCAGACACAGACACUGAACUCCAAGAGACAAAGAACAGUGUGGAUCUUGAUGGGACACAUCUUUCAGUAGAAGGGGGAGAAGAGAAGGAGGAGAAGAACAUAAACAAGAGUGCCAGUCACACCAGAGGCAAAGCCAGGAAGCAGAGGAAGAACCAGAGAGUGAGGAAGCACCCCCUACAGAGGGAUGAGGCCCCACCAGGAGAGGGAGUCCCAGACAACCAGGGGGAUGAGGGCGUGAAGGAGCACUACCGCACCACCGACAGUGCUGUAUACAAGCCCAAGAGGAGAAGAGCAGGGAAAUGGGCUCCUCUGGUGGGAAUGAACCCGGUCCAGAUCAGGGCGACAGUGGACCUCUACCCCAGCACCAGGCCCUCUUUGGAGGCCAGCCUAUACAGACCCCAAGCAUCCACUGCCGACCCUUGUGAGAACUUCCGUUGUAAACAUGGAAAGACCUGUAAACUCAACAAGGAGAAGAAGCCUGUGUGUGUGUGUCAUGAGCCUUCUGCCUGCCCACAGAGUGUCACUGACUAUGAUCAUGUAUGUGGAAGUGACAAUGUCACCUACACACCCUGUGAGUUCUUUGCCACUAAGUGCAACCUGGAAGGCACCAAGAGAGGCCAUAGACUUCACCUGGACUACACUGGAGUCUGCAAAUUCAUAGCACCCUGUAUGACUGGUGAACUGGUCCAGUUUCCUCUGCGUAUGCGCGACUGGCUGAAGAACGUCUUGCUGCAUCUCUAUGAACAUGACUCCAUGUCCCCUGGCUUCCUCACCCCCAAGCAACGCAUCCGAGUGAGAAAGAUCCACGAGAGUGAGAGGCGCCUCCAUGCCGGCGACCACCCCAUUGAGUUGCUGGCCCAGGACUUUGAGAAGAACUACAACAUGUACAUUUAUCCCGUGCACUGGCAGUUUGCUCAGAUGGACCAGCACCCGUCUGACAGGUUUCUGUCCCACUCUGAGCUGGCCCCCCUGAGGGUCCCGUUAGUCCCCAUGGAGCAUUGUACCUCCCGCUUCUUCCAGGAGUGUGAUGCAGACAAAGACAAACAGGUGUCCUUCAGGGAGUGGACCCACUGCUUCGGCAUCAAGGGUGAGGACAUGGAUGUCAACCUGCUCUUCUGAGUCCAAUCAGUACCUCAUCAAGCAACCAGCUUAAAUAAGCAUU